UGUAAAUCCAGAGGGGAUUAGUGUGGACACACUGCUCUGUAAACCCUUCAGUGGCUCUCUGAGGGGUCUCUGCCUCAGUGCGUAAAGUGGAUUCGGGGCUCCGGACGCACAGCGCAGCACUCCUCAUCCAUCGGUCUCCAUGUGCGUCAGCUCUGCGGGAUACUUGACGAGGAUUACAGAGACUUUGAAACCACUACCCGCGCGGGUGGCUGACAUGUGAAAACAUUGGGGUUUUGCUGAUGUGAAGGCGUUUUCAGUGGAACAGAUAAUCUGUCCCGGAGCGCACAGGGGACAUGGGUCAACUUUAUGGUGCGACUCUUUUACCAUUUGGCGCAAUUUGUGUUGUUUUCCUGUGGGAAUCUGGUGCCAGCUCCAUCAGGACGACGCUUGCAGUGGACACUUCGAGAGUGGAGUGUCCAGACAAUAAGAUCCUGACUGUGGAGUAUCCUUGUGUCAGAGCCGGGGGGAAGAACAGCACCUGCUUCAGGAGGAAAUGCUGUGACGGCUUUAGGUUUGUGAUGGGCCAGUGCAUACCUGAAAGUGUGGAUGUUUGUGCAGCGUCACCCUGUGAGCAGCAGUGCACCGAUAACUUUGGGCGAGUUGUGUGUACGUGUUACCCCGGCUAUCGCUUCGACCGGGAGAGACACCGCAGCCACAAAUCUCCCUACUGCCUGGACAUAAAUGAGUGUGAGCAGCCAGGUGGCAGCAUGUGUGACCAUGAGUGUGUGAACACGGUAGGCAGCUUCCUGUGUCGCUGUCGCAGUGGCUUCAUACUCGCCCCCGACCAACACUCCUGCAUCCCCGUACACAACUUGAGUUCAUCAGGAAAGUCAGACACUCUGAUGAGCGCUGGGACCUGCUCCUUCACCUGUCAGGAUUUUAUGAACAUGAAAAACAGUCUGCUGCAGCUCAAACUACGGAUAGGAAACACACAGGCAGCCAACCAGGUACCUGGUUUAGCAAACAGCAGUGACAAACCAUCUCUUCAUGGGCGCCAGGGUAAAAGUCCAGAUAGCCCUUGUCUUCCUGGUCUACCUGGCCCUCCAGGAGCUCCUGGGGUCCCAGGACACCCAGGUGAACCAGGAAAAAGGGGGGACCCGGGGGAGAGGGGCCCUCCUGGGCCUAGAGGUCCACGGGGAGACAUGGGACCCAUUGGGCCAGAGCCAGACCUGAAGCACAUUAAAAGAGGUCGCAGGGGGCCAGUGGGACCUCCAGGAGCACCAGGGAGAGAUGGACUGAAGGGUGACAGAGGAGCUCCUGGCCCCAGAGGCCCCCCUGGACCACCCGGCUCCUUCGACUUCCUGUUACUAAUGAUGGCCGACAUCCGAAACGACAUCAUCGAACUACAGGAGAAGGUGUUUGGGGAGCGCCGAGGGAUCUCCCUGGACAGUCCUCCUCAGUCCAGUGGGGAAGUGGACUUUGUGGAGUGGGGCUCUGGACAAGAAGAUCUAAGGCUGAAAACCUGACCUUUGACAUCCCCACACACAACAACCCACCUGUAAAUAUUCCUGAGCUGGCGUGUGGGAUGAACUGGGAAUGCAGCCUCCAUCACACUCCCCACUCUGCCUCAGACAGUGAACCAGAGAGAUAUGAGGAUUAUGAUCACGGAAAUUGGACCACAGACUCUCUUAACCACUUUGAGCACCGCCUGGCUCCCGUUCACAAGCCGUGGUGUGUGUGAGGGAUGUGUGUGAGCACGGCAUGGAGUGAGAAAGGUGCACCCUGUGCCUUAUUGUCUGAGCUGUGUCUCUGAGAUGAACCACUUCAAACAAUGAACUUUAUCGUCUACAUCUCUUCCUGUUCCCAAGUCUGUCCGUGGAGGCUCUGCUGCCGCUGACAGUCUGCCUGCAGGGCGUCGGCACAAAGAGCCAGGACCAGCACUGUGAGUCUCCCUGCACCUGUCUGUAGGAGCCAGGCCUCCAGCCCUAGCUCUGCAGCUAGUCCCUGCUUAGAGGAACCUAAAGACACUAAAUCAUAAGUGCUACACCCCCUGGACUGUUGUACAAAAACAUUCAUGUUUAUGAUACAUUUUUAAAAUGGUCCAAUAAAACAACAUGAGUUCAAUAGCGAAAAAAACAACUUACUGCUGAGAUAUGGUUGUCUUAAUUUAUACCACAGAUAGGUCCGACAAAGAUUGGACCAGUGAAAGUUCAUGAGUGAUAAUAUAAGCUGUGUCCCAAUCCAGGGGUGGCAUCUUUAGAAAGACCCAGCCUUCAUAGUCUGUGCAGACUGCAGGCCACACUGAAAUGAGACAGUCUGGUCUGCGGAGGCUUUCCUUUUUUCACCUUGUGGUUUUAGCUGUUGCUUAGCGGCCUCAAAAGGAACUAGCUAACAUAACUCUCAUCAUGUAAAGGCAUUUUUUAAAGAUUAUAUUGAUUAUUUCACUGAGUUAAAACAAGUUACUCAACCCCAAUAUGCCCCUUGCCCUACCACUUUGUCCUGCCCCUUGGUUUUGUUCUAGGACACUCAUUCCCAAGUCGGGGUCCCAACCCAUGGGUGGGUCCGGGGAGUGGAUGGGACACCAUCACACUUGCUCCACC